GGGGCCCAGCCGGCCGCCCGCCAGGAAAUGCCCAGGAGUCUGUGUCACCUGCCCCCGACGACUUGUUGGUUCCCUGGAGCGCUGCCUUCUAGCGCAGGGCGCCCCCCCCGAGACCUGAGGACCGUCUCGCUUAUCUGCUCCCCCGGCGCGGCCCGGGGAGCUGCUGAGACACUCCUGGGAACGCUCGCCCCUCUAAUCCACAGCCAUGAGCAAGCUGGGCAAGUUCUUUAAGGGGGGAGGCUCUUCUAAAAGCCGAGCCGCUCCCAGCCCCCAGGAGGCCCUGGCCCGACUUCGGGAGACCGAGGAGAUGCUGAGCAAGAAACAAGAGUACCUGGAAAAUCGAAUCCAGAGGGAACUCACCCUGGCCAAGAAGCACGGCACGCAGAAUAAGCGAGCUGCAUUGCAGGCACUAAAGAGAAAGAAGAGGUUUGAGAAGCAGCUCACUCAGAUUGAUGGCACACUUUCCACCAUUGAGUUCCAGAGAGAAGCCCUGGAAAACUCACACACCAACACCGAGGUGUUAAGAAACAUGGGCUUUGCGGCAAAAGCGAUGAAAGCAGUUCAUGAAAACAUGGAUCUGAACAAAAUAGAUGAUCUGAUGCAAGAGAUUACAGAGCAACAAGAUAUUGCCCAAGAAAUCUCAGAAGCCUUUUCUCAGCGGGUCGGAUUUGGCGAUGACUUUGAUGAGGAUGAGUUGAUGGCAGAACUUGAAGAAUUGGAGCAGGAAGAAUUAAAUAAGAAGAUGACAAAUAUCCGACUUCCAAAUGUGCCUUCUUCCUCCCUCCCAGCACAGCCAGAGAGGAUGCCAGGGAGAAUGUCAGCCACGGCCUCCACUGCACAUAGAUCCCGAGCAGCAUCAUCCAGGAGGGCAGAAGACGAGGAUGAUGAUAUCAAACAAUUGGCAGCUUGGGCAACUUAAACUAAAAUGGAAUUCGUGGACACCUGAAUUAAUGAGCUGUACAUAAGACAUAAAAAAUGUUUUUGCCUUGUUCAGAAGUUAACAAAGGCCCUGUUUUAUAUUCACACUGGAUCAGUAAUUGUCUUUUAAGCCUUAUAAAUAAAAGUUACAAAGAA